CUACCUGUAUGUCCAAUCCGGCCAACGUAGGGUUUGCAGGUUCAGCCUGUCUGUCUGCGCUUGCAACGGGUAGCGGCUGUUGAGACUCCUGCAGAUACACAAUGACCUCCACAAUGAUCUCAGUCCCCACCACAGCGUCACGCUUCGCCCUUCUGCAGGUGGACUCGGAUUCAGACUCCGAUUCAGAUGCGGGCAAGCCUAAAGGUGGUCGGGAAGCUGGAAAGUCACGCUCAGGGAAAUCUCCCAGCGGCAAAACGAAUCAAAACACAGAGAAAAAGAAAGAGAAGAAGAGACGAAAGAAGGAGCAGCAGCAAAGUGAAACCAAUGAGCUCAGGAGCCUAGCCUUCAAGAAGCUGCCUCAGAAGUCCUCAGUCCCACCACCCUGUACUCUGACGCUGCAGAGUUUGGCCAACGAUCUGCUGCAGCCCACAGCCAGAGAUCGUUCCUCAGCUCCGCAGGAAAACUGGCAGGAGUGGAAGCAGAGAGAUGAACAGUUGACCAGCGACUUGUACGAGGCAGACCUGGAAAAGGCCUUAAUGCUGAGUAAACUAGAGUUUGAGGAGCAGAAAAAGGAAGCUGCAAGUAUGGAGACACCAUCACCAAAGUCCAAAGGAGGAGGGAAGAAAGAAAAGAAGAAGAGCCAGCAGGGAAAAGACAAACGCACAGUGUCCCUGAAAGACUUUCAGCAGGAGGGAAGCAUGGAUCCACUGAGUAAAAGGCAAGAGAGAGAGGAGCCGAAGCUUAUGAACCCAGCGGCCCGUGAAGAGAGGUUCUUUAACCAGCUGGAGGACGAUGUGAGCCGAAUCGUGCAGCGAGACAAGCGCAGAGAGCAGUACAGCAGCAGCGCCGGCCACGAGGUCAACACCUCCUCUGAACAAGAGCAGGAUGUUAGAACUGAACAGUUAAAGUUUGAGUUGGAAAAGAAAGACCAGGAAAUUGAAAAGUUGAAGAAGACUAUUUCACAGUGGGAGGAGAGAUAUAAAGAAGUGAAAGCAAGAAAUGCCCAGUUACUUAAGAUGCUUCAGCAAGGAGAGAUGAAGGACAAAGCAGAAAUCCUGCAGCAGGUGGAUGAGCUUCUGAACAUCAAAGAGGAACUGACAUCACAGGUGACAUUGCUGCAUGCAUCAUUAGAACAGGAGAGAUCGAAGGUGAAGGGCUUACAGUCAGAACAACCAAAACAGACCAACCGGAAGGGGAAGAAGGGACCAGAGGGUGAUUUAUGAAGACAGAGUAUAGAAAUAAAUGAACAGCUUUAGGGCUCCAGCCUCUGGCUUUUGCUGUCAUCUUUGACCCGCACCUACACUCCACACUUUCUUCUCUGAAACUCUGGCAAAUCCCAGGAACACUGUCUGUGUCUCAUUUUUGACUUCCCUCAGUUGCACGGUCCUAUUUGUCUCAUGAAGACUGUGGGAGAAAUUGUCCUUGUGUGCUGCUCAUUUGAAGACUGCCUUAAAAACGAAUUCAUUUUUCUAAAUCUUUGCAUAAUUUAAUCAUGGAGAUGCAAAGUCAUUCAGAGUGGUUUGAUGUGAAAUUUUUCAUUGUAGAGGAAUUUACUGACUGAUUAGUUGUGAUGUCUACAACACAAAUGUAGCCCUUUUUUUUCCUGUCCUAAACCACCAGUGAACCUACAUGUGUUUGAGUUUGUCAUGUUGAUGGUAAAACAGUGAUAAAUGUGCAAGAAUUAAAAAUUAAUUCCAUUUUGUUUUUCAUUGUACUGCAUGUAUUUCUUAAUUAGUGGAUUUUUGAAAAUAUGUAGUCUGAAAGCUUAUCACUUCUAGAACAGUGUCUCAGAAAUCAACAUAUUUAUAGAAAUUUCAUGUAAGAACUUUCUGUGAGGAAGUUUUUAGAGGCAUUACGUUUCAGACAGCUGGUUCCUUUUAGCACCACCAUGAACACAUUGGACGGGAUAAGUUUCUAUAGAGCCGAGCAUUUAACUUCAAACUGCUCUAAAUGACUUUGUUUACAUCUUAAGUAUUAAAAUUAUGCAGGUAUUUUCAAAAGCCAUUGGAAUUCCUUUUUCAGGCUGUCUUGAUUUUUGGAACUGCGUACAUCUAGUCUGCUCAUAUCUGUUUAAUCUGAAACACACAUCGAUCAAUUCAUACACAUAUUCAGACAAUUUCUAGCUUCAGUAUUUCCCCAAAUUUGGUACAGCUUACUGUUUCCUUUGGGGUAUUUUGCUUAAAAGAAGGCAGGAGAGGUCAAAGGUGCUUCCUUACACCUCCUCAGUAAUGAUAUCAAGACCAGACUAUAUGAACAUGCACAGUCCUUGAUGGGUUAAAGGAGGGAUGUGAUUAUCCAUAGUCUAGUCUGCCAAAAGCAUUGACGUGGUUCCUUCAUGUUGUGCUGUGGGUGAUUGCUGUCAAUGUGCAGGAUUCUUUGGGGGGAAAACUGGACCCAUGUUGCCUCCUGAAUCAAACCCAUUAAAAGGGAAAAUGCAAAACGA